AUGAAGACUUCUUUUCUCGUUAUACUCCUGUUGGCUGCAGCUGUCUGCACCCACGGCCAAAGACCGCGAGCAGAAGAGGUGAAGGACUCCAAGGGAAAUCCAGUUUUGAUCGGUGAAAAAUACUUCAUCCAACCGGUUAAGAGCAACGGCGGUGGUCUUGUUCCAGCCCCCGCCAACAUAUUUCCGCUUUGUCCACUUGGCAUCACCCAAACACUUCUUCCUUUCCAACCGGGCCUGCCCGUUAGCUUCCAAUAUUACACAAUUUCCGUCAUCCAUUCCCCACUUUACGUAUCUCUCAGUACAGUUAUCAAGUUCGAGUCCGACUUCUGGCCUGUAUGCAAGGAUUUUUCCAAGGUAUGGGGCGUCGAUGUUUCCUCAUCCGCUGGCAGGGAGCCUAACAUUAUCAUCGGUGGUAAAGAUACGGCCCUAGAGAGCGCGUUUAAGGUGGAAAAAGCUACAGGAGAAAACACUUACAAGUUGACCAUCAACGUAUAUGGAACCGUUGGAACCAUCCCAGGGGCUUGGGGGGGUGCACCACAGCUAGUUGCCACCAAUGAUGAGGCUAAGACCUUAUUCGUCAAGUUCGUGAAGGUUGAUGCUACUAAGGCUACUACUUCUACUUCACGUGUUGAGAAGUUAGGUCUAAGGAUGUUCCCAUUCUACUAG